AUGGAGCAGGCCAGGGAUCGCUUACACCUGAGAUAUACUACAGGACAGCACGUACCAGAGGUGGAAGUCCAAGUCAAACGCAGAAGGACAGCCUCACUGAGCAACCAAGAGUGUCAUCUGUACCCGAAGCGAUUUCAGCAGCAGCCAGUACCUGUGGUGGAUUUCCAGGUGAACUGA